AUGGUCCGAGGAACUGUUGCCCUUCUGGCUCUCGCCGGCCCGGCUCUUGCUGGUGUUGCCAAGGAACACCAUGAGUCUGGCCCCAAGAUUCCUGGUCCUCAUGAGCCUCACAAGCAUGUGGACAAGCCCGGGAAGGUCUUGACCGCUACCGCGACUGCGCCUCACAUCAUUAUCACCAAGACAAGCACCUAUGUGACUACUGAAUGCCCAGUCACCUCGUCUGUUGUCACCAGCGGCACCAAGACUCUGACGGUCCCGAUUACUCUGACCAACACCGUCACUAAGACCACCACUUACCAGGAUGAGGCGACUCCCACCGGCUCGACUCGCAAGCCUGUGGUCCCAACUGGCACUGGACACCCUGUCCCGCCGCCGCCUCACCACACCACUGUUGUGCCUCCUAAGAAGCCUGUCCCGACUGGACACAACAGCACCAUUCCUCACCCAACCACCAAACCCGCUCCCUACCACAACUCCACUGUUGUGCCGGUUCCGGGCAAGCCUACGAGCAAGCCUGUUCCCAUUCCUGUUCCUCAGCCCUCUCCUGGCACCCCUGGCACCCCUGGCACUCCUGGAACUCCGGCCACCCCCGGCGAGCCCGGUACCCCCGGUACUCCCGGUACUCCUGCCACCCCUGGAACCCCCGGUACUCCCGGCACCCCUGGUGAGCCCGGCACUCCUGCCACCCCCGGUACCCCGGGCACUCCUGGCACCCCUGGCACCCCUGGCGAGCCCGGCACCCCCGGCACUCCCGGCACUCCCGGUACUCCUGCCACCCCCGGCACUCCUGCUACCCCUGGCGAGCCCGGCACUCCCGGUACUCCUGGCACCCCCGGAUCUCCCAGCACCCCUGGCGAGCCCGGCACCCCUGGCACCCCUGGAACUCCCGGUACCCCUGGCACUCCUGGCACCCCGGGCCAGCCCGAGCAGCCUGAAGAGCCCGAGCAGCCCAAGGAGCCCCAGCAGCCUGAGGAGCCUGAGCACCCCAAGGAGCCCGAGCACCCCAAGCACCCCAAGGAGCCUGAGCAGCCCACCGGAGCCUCUCCGGCUCAGCCCACCAGCUCGCCCUCUGGACAGCCCUUCACUGGUGCUGCCCAGGCCGUCAAGCCAACCGCCGGUCUCUUGGCUGCCGUCAUGGCCGUCAUGGUCCUCCUCUAA